AUGCGCGAGCUGCUGGAGGUGCCGCAGAGCAUCUCGGUCAACACGCGCUACCUGAACCUGCAGGAGAACCACAUCCAGGUGAUCCGCACCGACACCUUCAAGCACCUUCGCCACCUGGAGAUCCUCCAGCUCAGCCGCAACCUGGUGCGCAAGGUGGAGGUGGGCGCCUUCAACGGGCUGCCCAACCUCAACACGCUGGAGCUCUUCGACAACCGCCUGACCACGGUGCCCACGCAGGCCUUCGAGUACCUGUCCAAGCUCCGCGAGCUCUGGCUGAGGAACAACCCCAUCGAGAGCAUCCCCAGCUACGCCUUCAACCGCGUGCCCUCGCUGCGCCGCCUCGACCUGGGCGAGCUCAAGCGCCUCGAGUACAUCUCCGAGGCCGCCUUCGAGGGCCUGGUCAACCUGCGCUACCUCAACCUGGGCAUGUGCAACCUCAAGGAGAUCCCCAACCUGACGGCGCUGGUGAGGCUGGAGGAGCUGGAGCUCUCGGGGAACCGCCUGGGCCGGGUGCGGCCGGGCUCGUUCCAAGGCUUGGGCAGCCUGAGGAAGCUGUGGCUGAUGCACGCGCGGGUGGCGGCGGUGGAGCGCAACGCCUUCGACGACCUGAAGGCUCUGGAGGAGCUCAACCUGGCCCACAACGACCUGGCCUCGCUGCCCCACGACCUGUUCGCGCCGCUGCACCGGCUGGAGCGCGUGCACCUGCACCACAACCCCUGGCGCUGCGACUGCGACGUGCUGUGGCUCAGCUGGUGGCUGCGCGAGACCGUACCCAGCAACACCAGCUGCUGCGCCCGCUGCCACGCGCCGCCCGCGCUGCGCGGCCGCUACCUGGGCGAGCUGGAGCCCGGCCACUUCACCUGCUACGCGCCCGUCAUCGUGGAGCCGCCGGCCGACCUCAACGUCACCGAGGGCAUGGCGGCCGAGCUCAAGUGCCGCACGGGCACGGCCAUGACGUCGGUCAACUGGCUGACGCCCAACGGGACGCUGAUGACGCACGGCUCGUACCGCGUGCGCAUCUCGGUGCUGCACGACGGCACGCUCAACUUCACCAACGUCACCGUCCAGGACACCGGCCAGUACACCUGCAUGGUCACCAACGCCGCAGGCAACACCACGGCCACCGCCACGCUCAACGUCUCGGCCGCCGACGCCGCCGCGGCCGCCGCGGCCGCCGCGGCGGCCACCGGUUACACCUACUUCACCACGGUCACCGUGGAGACCACCGAGGGCGCCGGCGGCGACGACCAAGCGCCCCAAACCCCCGCGGCGCCCACGGCGGCCGGUUGGGACCCGGCCGGCGCCUCCACGGCCGCCCCGGCCACGCGCGCCACCGGCAAACCCUUCACCGUGCCCAUCACGGCGGCGGCGGCCGGCGCGGCGGCCGGCGGAGGUCUCCAAGAUUUGGACGACGUCUUGAAGACCACCAAGAUCAUCAUCGGCUGCUUCGUGGCCAUCACCUUCAUGGCCGCCGUCAUGCUGGUGGCCUUCUACAAGCUCCGCAAGCAGCACCAGCGCCACAAGCACCGCGGCGGCCCCGCGCGCGCCGUCGAGAUCGUCAACGUCGAGGACGAGCUGGCCGGGGGUCCCGCCGGCGGCGGCGGCGGCGGAGGCGGCCCCGGCGGAGGCGGCGCCGGGACGGGUGGGGACAACCGGCUGGCGUUGCCGGCGUUGGAGAGGGAGCACCUGGACAGGUACGCGGCGUUGGCCGCCCACUACGGGGGCCCGGCGGCGGCGCUGGGCUGCGGGAAGACGCCGCUGCUCAACUCGGUGCACGAGCCGCUGCUCUUCAAGAGCCCCUCCAAGGAGAACGUGCAGGAGACGCAGAUCUGAGAUUUUGGGGAGGGCGGGGGGGUUUGGAAUGG